AUGACGUCGACAGAGAUGAUAACGACAGACGGGACAGAUCUGGGCACUACACCAGCAGGGUAUGAGCACAACGUCACGACCCAUGUGUACGACACGUAUGACUUGUUCAUUCACCCGCAUUGGUACCAGUACGGGCUUAUCGCUCCUGGCUGGCACUACGCCAUGGGGAUCUUCAUCACUUUCGUCAGCAUCUUCGGCUCCCUGGGCAACCUGCUGGUCAUGUACAUCUUUGGAACCUUUUUUGGUGGAGUUAAUGCCAACGUCUCUAAAAACAAGAGAUUUUUCUCCACCUCGGUUGCUUUCCCCUGCGAGCUGUACGGCCUGGUGGGAGGCAUCUUCGGCCUCAUGUCCAUCAACACGCUGGCGGUCAUCGCGUUCGACCGCUACUCCGUCAUCGCCCGACCCAUCAAGGCGUCCAGGACCUUGAGCUACCGCAAGGCCUUCAUGAUGCUGGUGUUUGUGUGGUGCUGGUCCACCACCUGGACCAUCCCGCCUCUCUUUGGCUGGGGCGCCUACAUACCCGAGGGCUUCCAAACCUCGUGUACGUUCGACUACUUGACCAAGAACGAGUACUUCCGCUCGUACAUCCUGUGUUUGUACAUUUGUGGUUUUGCUUUUCCGCUCCUCAUCAUCUUCUACUGCUACUUCCACAUCUACAGGGCUGUGGCCUUGCACGAAAAGAUCAGCCAGUUGGACAGCGACACUGGAUUGGACGAGCCCGAAGGAACCGUCAGCGCUGGUAUGCGUAUGAAAAGCCUCAAGGAUAAAGUGCGAAAAGGUGGAGCAGACGGUGGACACGCCCACAGCCCCGCCCAGCAGGACAACUCUGGACUCAUCAAGGACAUCAUCACCGCCUUUGCCGGCGUCAUGGCCACACAACAGGCUGGUGCACAGCAGUCAUUGCAUCUUAUCUCGUGCCAUACCAUUUCUUCUCCUGUCUUUUCUUUUUACGUUCGUUCGUUCUUUUCAUAUUUUUUUUGGACAUGUCCACAGGUACCCGUUUAUCUACCGCCUCAGGUCUUGGCGGGAGCGAGCCAGAAUCCAGAACUCCAACAGGCGAUCUAUGCGAUCUCUCAGGGCAUGGGGGUUCAAGCCCAGGUGUGUGGUCUUUGAAAUUGUAUACACACGAUCGUGACAGUUCGUAUGCCAAAUUAUAGUGGUAUCUUUAUUAUUACCUCCACGGCGCUAUUACUAUUAUACAAACACAUUGAAAAGUUUUAAGGACAGUGUUUAUUAAAAAGAAGGCCUUGUACUAUAUUCCAAUUGAAAGGUACCGGAAUAGCUUGUUUUUACCAGAUAUUCUGGCGUGCAUGCUUAAGAGGAGCUAUUACAUUGAAGGAGACAUACUGUGUAAGAUGGCCCCCGUCUUUCUGCUCAUAUCAUUAUGUAGUAUCCCCAAAAGCAGGGCGGAACAGUCAGCCCCUUCACAAAAGUUAUACAUUGUAGAUUGUUCUUGGGAGAACUAAAGUUUUUCUACAAAACUUACGCUCACAAUUUUCCAAUGUUAUGCUAAAAACGACACUUUAAACUUUCCCUCC